GUCGACGCCCUGACUCAGUGGCAAUCUGACGCCGGCGCGAGUCGAACGCGUUACAAACAUGCGCUCAGUAAUCCUAGCCGUAUUACCAAUAUUAUUCAUUCACGCAAAAUGUGACGACAAGUACCACGAGAAGCGGAAGCAACUCGUUGAACUUGAACUAAGGAUGGCCCUCGGCGGUAACUCCACACUCAACGAUAAAGAAAACAUUGUAAACAACUGCUUGAUGCAACACAAGUUCAACGAACUCGAUUACGGAUUCGACAACCCUGACCAUUACAACCUUUCGCACCAUUUCUUCAAUUAUAGAAAGCAAAUACAGAAGUCUAAAGUUUAUAAGAUUAUCCAGAGUAUGCCUAAAGGAGCAGUGCUUCAUGUUCAUGAUAUGGCGAUCAUCGGACCUGAUUAUUUUGUGAAUCUUACCUACAUGGACCAUCUUUAUGUGUGUUUCGGUAAGCCUAUCAAGUUCUGGUUCUCAUAUACCGUUCCAAAUACUACAUGUGAUGGGGAUUGGAAGCUGAUGAAGGAUGUCAGGAAGGCAGCAGCUAAUGUGACGCAGUUCGACGCUGAUUUGAGGAAACACUUCACCCUGGUCUGUGAUAACCCUGACGUUGUUUACCCAUCCAUCAAAGAAACUUGGGAUACCUUCAUGGGAUACUUCACCUCCGUAUUCGGUCUACUAUCUUUCAGGCCAAAUUGGGAACAAUAUUUUUAUGAUGCUCUAAAACUGUUCAGAGCCGACAACAUCAUGUAUGUUGAAGUACGAAGCAUAUUGCCCAACCUGUAUGAGCUAGAUGGUACUGUCUAUGACAAGAUAAUAACAGCAAAAGCCUAUAGAAAAGCGAUAAACAAAUUCCUCAAAGACUAUCCAGAUUUUCUAGGAGCCAAACUGAUAUUUGCUCCAUCAAGGAAGGUGGAUGCAAAAGUACUGGACUCUUAUAUACAAACAGCAAGACAUAUAAAGAGAGAUAUGCCUGAUUUGUAUGCUGGAUUCGAUCUGGUUGGACAAGAAGAUUUAGGGAAUCCAUUAAUAGAAUUUGUACCUCAAUUACUCCAAGCUAAAGACUUAAAUUUCUUCUUCCACGCCGGUGAAACGAAUUGGUUCGGUACAUUGACGGACGAGAACUUAGUUGAUGCCGUACUACUGGGUGCUAAAAGAAUCGGGCAUGGAUAUGCACUUGCAAAGCAUCCAGCUUUGAUGAGAGAAGUGAUAAAAAAGGACAUUGGAAUAGAAGUAAAUGUUUUAUCAAAUGCUGUGUUAUCUCUAGUGAAAGACGUUCGUAACCAUCCUUUAAAUAUUUUCUUGAGUUUGGACCUUCCUGUGGUGUUGUCCAGUGAUGAUCCUGGUGCUUGGGAAGCUGAUCCAUUGUCGGAUGACUUUUACGUGGCAUUCGUGGGUGUUGCUAGUAGACUUGCAGAUUUGAGGAUGCUGAAGGGUUUAGCUCUAAAUUCUUUGAAGUACAGUGCUUUGAAGGCGGAGCAUAAAGUGCGGGCGAUACGUGAGUUUAAUUCAAGAUGGAAUGAUUUUGUUAAUCAUUUUGAUUGUAAGUCGUAUUAGAAACUUUGUACUUGUGUCUUUAUUGUUUGUAAUGAUUAUUAUUAUAUAUCGCCACGCCUUCUAUCGCCGAAGGGGUAGGCAGAGGUGCACAUUAUGGCACUGUACAAUGUACACCCACUUUUCACAAAUUAUGUUGUAAGUCCUAUGUAAUAGGGGGUGAGCCUUUUGUGUGAGGUAGUGAGUUUGUAAUUAUGAAUCUUAAUAUUGAAUUUUGGCAGUAUAGGUAUCUCAAUGACUUAUUUAACUAGUAAAUGUUAUACUUGUUAAUAUUACUUUAAUAGUUCUGAUACUAGCAGUUGGGGGUUAUCCAAACGUGUCAAUACUUUCAAUUAACAAUUUAUUUAUGUGUAUGUACAGUUUUGGGUUACACAUUAAUACCUAAUUAAAGUGUCUUCAUUUUCCUCAAAUAUAUCAAUGUCUAAGCCGUCAACCAUUGUUUUUGAGUUGUAAACUAUUGCAUGUUCUUUUUAUAAUGUAUUUUUAUCUUAUAAAAUUAACAAAAGCGAGACCUUAAAUCUAAGUAUUUCUUUGCUAAAGGAAAGCUCUCUAAUUUGUACACUACCUAUUUACUAUAUUUAUUCUUAUUAUUUUAUGU